CCCGGGGAGUGGUUGGCAGCGCGUGUUGAUCUAUGUAUGUAGCUUGUGAGCGCACGUGUGCGUCAGUGUGUCCCGCCGUGAGUGUCCUGCCGGUCGAAGCAUGGAGGAGUUAGCCAGAGAGAGCAUCAGCCUGCUGGCUUCAGCCUCAUCCAAGCCCCCGUUGGACGUGUCCGCCGGGCCUCGGCUCGGCUCCAUGGGGGCCAUUUUCAUAAUGCUGAAAUCUGCCCUGGGCGCCGGGCUCCUCAACUUUCCCUGGGCCUUCGAGAGAGCCGGAGGCAUCCGCAGCGCAGUCGCCGUCGAGCUGGUGUCCCUCGUGUUCCUGAUCAGUGGUCUGAUCAUCCUGGGCUACUCCUCGUCCAUCAGUGGCCAGUGCACCUACCAAGCGGUGGUGAAGGAGGUGUGUGGGCCAGCCAUCGGUCAGCUGUGUGAGAUCUGCUUCGUCUUCAACCUAUUCAUGAUCUCUGUGGCCUUUCUGGUUAUAGUGGAUGACCAGCUGGAGAAGUUGUGCGGCUCCCUGUACGAGCUGAUAACUGGUUUUCCGGAGACGGAGAUGCCGUACCACUUCUACACCGACCAGCGCUUCGGCCUAGUGCUGCUCUGCGUCCUCCUGAUCCUGCCGCUCUCCAUCCCCAAAGAGAUCAGCAUUCAGAAAUACAUCAGUGUUCUGGGCACUCUGGCUGCAACCUACCUGACCGUCGCCAUCAUCAUCAAAUACUACACCACACCUGCUGUUCUGGUUCACAUCACCCCUCUCUACACGAGUGGGAUCAGCUCCUGGUCCUCCAUGUUCAGCGUCAUCCCCACCAUCUGCUUUGGCUUCCAAUGCCACGAGGCGUCCAUUGCCAUCUACAGCAGCAUGGAGAACCAGAGGCUCUCUCAUUGGGUCUUCAUCUCUGUGGUCUCCAUGAUCUUCUGUCUCGUCAUCUACUCUCUCACAGGGGUUUAUGGGUACCUGACAUUUGGAAAGGACGUGAAGGCCGACAUUCUGAUGUCGUACACCGGCGAUGACAUCCUGAUGCUCAUCGCCCGGCUGCUGUUUGGAAUCUCCAUCAUCACCAUCUAUCCCAUCAUCCUUCUGCUGGGCAGAUCAGUGAUCCAGGACCCCAUUCUGAGCCGGCGGCGGAGGCGGGAUGGUGUGGUGGCUGUGGAGUUUGAAAGCCGCAGCCGCUACGUGCUGACAGUCCUGUGGAUAAUGAUGACGCUGCUCAUCGCCACAUUUGUCCCAGACAUCAGCAAAGUCAUCAGUGUCAUCGGAGGGAUCAGUGCAUUCUUCAUCUUCAUCUUCCCAGGACUCUGUUUGAUGUUUGCCAUGCAGUCUGAGCCAGUCUCCUUUAAAACCAGAGUCAUCCUCACAUUGUGGGGAGUGGUGACCUUGCUCUGCGGAGCUUUCAUCUUCGGCCAAAGCACCACCAUCGCCGUCAUGCAGGUCCUGGGAAAGAUCUGACUGUUCUUCCUCCUUCACUGAUCCAGUGGUGACCAGAUCUUCUCCCCUCCCCUCUCCCAUAAUGAGCUCUCUGUGAAUGAUAGCCACCAUGGACUUAAGAAAUGGACACUAACCCUGAACAAUCGAACAAACUGGCAACUCAUAGCCUUUACCACAAUGGACUAAACCCAGUAAACAUCCCUCCCUCCUGCAGGGUCGAGGUUUGUCUUUCUUUUGGGUUCAUUUGUGUUAGUUGCCCCUGACGACGAGCUCCAUCUGUCUCUUGCCAUGCUGAGAUGAUCUAAAUGAAAACCUCAGGUAUUUCUGCAGGUUGUUGUGCUGUAGUUCAAAAUCUACUUUUGUCGCAUUUAUUUUUGCAUAUCAGCAUUAGACCUGCCUGUAUUCAGAAAAAGAUCCCUUGCAGUCUGUAAGAUGAAGAGCAUUAAAAUGGCAGUGUGUUACAGAGUGUAAUAAACAAUGUUUGUCAUUUUCUGCACAAUAAUUAUCUGUAAAAGUAGCAUAAAACCAGCUAGAGCAUUGUUCCUGUAUGAAAUUAAAACGGAAAAAC